AUGGACGAAGAUCUUUAUGACGAGUUUGGCAAUUAUAUUGGACCCGCUGAAGACGAAGACGACGAGCAGGUCCAAGAGUCCUAUGUGGGCAACUCUGACCAUGCUGAUGACGAAUAUCGCCACCAAACCCCUGAUCAAGGUCUUGAAGAAUCAGAUAACAUUGAACAAGAAGAAAAUAAUGAACCCUCGAUGGCGGUGGUAUUACACGAGGAUAAGCGAUAUUAUCCUACAACUGAGGAGGUAUAUGGCGAAGGCGUAGAAACUCUUCUACAAGAGCAUGAUGCUCAAGAUCUUUCAGAACCCAUAAUUGCCCCUAUAAAUACAACUACCUAUAUUCGCGAAGAGAAAAACGCACCAGAAAUUAAAUACUCUUGGGAAUGGCAAGCGAGUUUAAUGAACCUUCCUGAUCAUAUACGAAAUGUGGCGCUUGUUGGAAAUAUUCAUCACGGAAAAACGUCGUUCCUAGAUUUACUAAUCAACGAAACACAUGUUCUUCCUGUCAGAGACCGGUCAAAGCAAAAUGAACAGUUAAGAUACACUGACACACAUGUAUUGGAACAGGAGCGUGGCGUAACUAUCAAGGUCUCACCAAUGUCUCUGGUUUUGAAAAAUUCCAAAGGAAAGUCUUUUCUAGUAAAUGUUAUGGAUACCCCUGGCCAUUCGAAUUUUUUAGAUGAGGUUUCCGUUGCUUCUCGUUAUGUCGAUGGUUUUGUUCUUGUUGUUGACGUUCUUGAAGGCUUAUUGACUUCUACUGAACAAAUAAUUUCUCAUGCUAUUCGGGAAGGUCUGCCUCUUAUUUUAGUCGUCAACAAAAUUGAUCGUUUAAUUUUAGAACUAAAAUUACCUCCUAACGAAGCCUUUUACAAAAUUCGCUAUUGCAUUGACCAGGUUAAUAAUUUCAUAAACAAAGUUUCGCCUUUUAAAAACGGCAAAUAUUCUCCAUUAUCACCUAUUACCGGAAAUGUUGUUUUUGCUUCAUCAACAUGCAAUUUUAUGUUUUCACUUUACACUUUUGCAUUAAAAUACAAGGAAAAUUCACCAGAAAUAGACGCAAAAGCAUUUGCAAAAAGACUUUGGGGUGAUAUAUUUUAUAACAGGGUGACUCGCAAAUUUACCAAAAAUCACCAAGCGAAAGAUUCUAAAAGGUCUUUUGAGCAUUUUAUUCUUGAACCUCUUUACAAAAUAUUUACCCACACCUUAGAAGAAGAAAAGGAAGGAUUAGAAGAGACCCUUGCAAAGCUUAAUAUUUCAUUAAAACCAGCAACAUAUCGAUUAGAUGUUAAGCCUCUUCUCCAAACAAUAUGCUCCUUGUUUUUUGGAGAUUCUUCAGCAUUUGUUAACGCAUUGUGCGAACACAUUCCAGCUCCAUCUCAAGGUGGUUCUUCAAGAAUUGUCCAAAAUUAUUAUACAGGCCCAAAAGAUGGAAUAGAAAUUGAAGCUAUGGAAAAAAGUGAUUCAGAGGGACCAUUAGUGGUUCAUAUUGCCAAAUUAAUCAGUACACCUAAUGCUUCUGGAUUUUAUGCUUUGGGUAGAGUCAUGAGUGGUACGUUAAACAAGGGUGUACCUGUAUCUGUUCUGGGCGAAAACUAUUCUUCUUACGAUACAGAGGAUAUGCAAGAAUGUGUUGUAUCUGAUUUAUGGAUUUAUCAGUCAAGAUAUAAAGUUCCUGUUGAUGGUGUCCCUGCUGGAAACUGGGCUUUAAUUGGUGGAGUCGAUCCUUCAAUAGUCAAAGUUGCAACUAUUUUCAUGACCAAUCAGUUCCCCGAAGAGGGAAUGCAUAUAUUUAGUCCCAUUAAAUAUAUCGGUCAACCCGUUUUUAAAGUUGCGGUCGAACCCUUUAAUCCUUCUGAACUUCCAAAAUUGUUAGACGGGUUGAGAAACAUUCGCAAAAGUUACAGUGUUGUCCAAACUAAGGCAGAAGAAUCAGGAGAGCAUGUUAUUAUUGGAACGGGAGAGUUAUAUAUGGAUUGUAUUCUUUACGAUUUACGAAAUCUUCAUACUAAUAUCCAAAUUAAAGUAUCAGAUCCUGUUGCCAAGUUUGCUGAAACUUGCUUAGAAACUUCUGCUAUUCGGGCAUAUACUGAGACACCCAACAAGCAUAAUAAAAUAACUGUUAUUGCUGAACCGUUAGAUCCAGAUAUUGCUGCUGAUAUAGAAAAGGGCAUUGUUCAAAUGGCUGGUGCAAAUGGUUGGACAUCUAAAAAAGUUGCGAAAUUUUUUCAAGAAAAAUAUAAUUGGGACGCUAUGUCUGCACUUUCAAUUUGGGAUUUUGGACCGGAAUCUGCAAAAGAAAACAUUUUGCAAGAUGACACACUUCCUGAUGAAGUUGACAAGAAGGCUAUGAAAGCCAUCCGUGAAUCUGUCAAGCAAGGCUUCAAAUGGGCUAUGAGAGAUGGCCCAUUAUGUGAUGAACCGAUUCUUAACGUUAAGUUUAAAAUUAUAGAGGCCGAACUUUCAGAAGACCCCAGUCAGAGAAAUAGCAGUCAAAUAAUAUCUACUGCUCGUCGAGCGUGCUAUUCUGCCUUUUUAUUGGCAUCGCCUCGACUAAUGGAACCUCUCUAUUUUUUCGAGAUUAUCGUUAAUUACGAUUCCGUCAAUUUUAUUAAGUCAAUUGUCGAUCGACGUCGUGGUCAUGUGGAUAUGGAUAAGCCAAUUUCGGGAACCCCAUUAAGAAUAAUUACUGGUGAUAUUCCAGUUAUUGAUAGCGUGGGAUUUGAGACUGAUAUCAGAGUGGUCACUCAGGGAAGUGCUUUUAUUAGCGCUCUUGUAUUUUACAAAUGGAGUAUUGUUCCAGGAGAUCCUUUAGAUAAGUCACAAAUUUUCAGACCAUUAGAGGUGUCUCCUACGUUUGCCAUGGCACGGGAAUUUGUAGUCAAGACUAGACGCAGAAAGGGUUUGAGUGAUGAACCAACUAUCACAAAAUACCUUGAUGAAUCUCUUCUGGAAUCACUAAAAGAAACAGGUCUUUUAGAUGAGUAA